UUUAAUCUUAAACAGCCUAAUUGCAAAAAAAAAAAAAAAAAGGAAUGUACAAAUUGCACUCAGAGCAUGUUCAUCAAGCACAACGUGCAAAUCCUUUGAUGCCUAGAAACAAUUUAUUUACUUGUUUGGCUUGCCAAGUCGCUUUUCAAACUACUGAACGUCAACGUGCUCAUUAUCGUACAGAUUGGCAUAAAUACAACCUGAAAAGAAAGAUUGCUCAACUUUCUCCUGUUACUGCGGAGCAAUUUGCACAAAAAGUUCUAGCUCAACAAACCAAAGGCAAAGAAGAAGAAGAAAGAAGAGGACUUAUUUAUGAAUGCAUGAUCUGCAGAAAAUCCUAUUCUUCUGAAAAUGCAUUCUCUAAUCAUCUUUUGUCAAAAAAACACAAGGAUCUCGAAUUUAAUGCUGUCAAUAAGCCUUUACCCUCACCCAUCGUCACACAUAAAAAGGAGAUGACUUUAUUCUCAGAUACAGAUGAAGAUGUGACAGAUACUGAUUCUGUUCUUUCAUCAACCAUAGAUCCUCAUUUAUAUCAUAAUCGUUGUCUAUUUUGUAAUAUGAACAAUGGUGAUUUUGAAACUAAUCUUGAGCAUAUGAGUCUUGUUCAUGGUUUCUUUUUACCUGAUGUAGAAUAUUUAGAGGAUGCACCUGGAUUGAUUCUUUAUUUAGCAGAAAAGAUUGAUGAUUGCAUUUGUUUAUAUUGUAAUGGACGAGGUAAAGAAUACAAGUCUCAAGAUGCUGUUCGUAGACAUAUGUUGGAUAAAGGACAUUGUAAGAUGGCUUAUGAUGAAUCAGAGAAUCCCAAUGAUUUAUUAAGAUUUUAUAAUUUUGGCACCAUGUCAGAGGAGGAUUUUGAAGCAGCCAUAGUAGAUCCUGUGGCUAAUCAAGAUGAUGAGUUAAUUUUGCAAUCAGGUGAAAGAAUAGGUCAUCGACGAUUUAUGAGAUAUUAUAAACAAAAAAUAAGAAAGUUAGAACAUCAGCAACAAGAUAUGUUAUCUAUUACACAACAGGAAGAGCCCUUAGAAAAGAAUACAUUUGAACCACGCAAUAGAAAGGAACGACGUAGUGGCCAUAGAUUAGCUAUUACAGAUGGAUUAUCAUCCAAUCAAACUGAAAACAACAUGCUACGUCGUUUGCCUGAAUUUAUCCAAAAGCAACACUAUCAAAGACAGUCUUCUAAACGAGAUAACUUGGUUGUAACAAGUAGAAUGCGUAAUCAAACACCUAUUUAAAUUCCUAUAUGUGGUUUUGUAUUAUUACAUUUUAUAGAGUUUAUAUAUUAGAUGUAAAGAAAAAAAAAUAAAGUAUAGAUGUCUAUACCAGCUGAUUCCUAAUAAACAAAGUAGAUAAGAAUUCUGUAGCGUAUAUGUAUUUACAUGUUGUUUUAUUGAUAAAAUUCAUAGAGAGAAAUGUUCAAACAUUGAAUAAUCUACUUUUAGUAGAUAGUAUUUAAAAGGAAUAAAAUUUAAGUCUGAAAAAAAAAA